AUGGCUGUUAUCUUCCCACGCUUAAAUCAGGCUCUGGAUAUCAACCCUCCAGCGGGCAACGAGGAGCUCACGGUAAAUGGGAGUAACUGGCUCUGGGCCGUGACGGCUAUCUACGUCGUCUCCUUCAUCGCCUUCUUCGCCACCAGCUUCGCGGCUCGGUCCGGCGAGAAGAUCUUCCACUACUUAUUUACCAUUGCCCUGCUCGUUGGCUCCAUCACCUCCUUUGCCAUCGCCUCCGACCUCGGCUUUGUCGCGAUCCCCGUCGUCAACUACCGUCCCGAAGAAUUCUGGACCCGCCAGGUCUUCUGGGCUGAGUACGUCAACUGGGUCGUCAGCUGGCCUGCCAUCACCAUCGCCCUCGGCCUUCUGAGCGGCAUCUCCUGGGCUACCAUCUUAUAUAAUGUGACUCUCGCAUGGACCUGGGCCAUCUCCUACCUCGUCUCUGCCUUCGUCACGACCAACUAUAAGUGGGGAUUUUAUGCCUUCGGGACCACUGCCUGGGGACUCCUCGCCUUCAACACCCUGUUCGGAGGUACUGUGGCCGCUCGUCGGGUUGAGGUCGCUGGCGACUACACCCUCCUGGCCGGCUGGGUCAACCUGCUGUGGCUCCUGUACCCCAUCGCCUGGGGCCUGUCGGACGGUGGUAACCGUAUCGGUGUGACGCCGGCGUACAUCUUCUUCGGCAUCCUCGACGUUUUGCUUGUGCCCGCCGUUUCCUUCGCGUUCCUCUUCCUCGCGCGCCGCUGGGACUACGGCAAGCUUAAUAUCGCGUUCACUCGGUACGGCCGCGUCCCCACCUCAGGCCAGUUCCCCGAGAAGACCGCCGCCCCGGCGCAGGGUGCCGUCGUUGGCGAGCAGGCCGCAUAG